AUGAUACCCCGCGAGAUCAUCGGAUCUACUUCUAGUCGUUCGUCCGAUGAGCUGCAGAGUGCCAACACAAAAGGGUCAGCGACGACAGUAUCAGACCAUCACACCGAGCGGCUCAACUCCUUUACCUCGAGGAGAGAAUCAUUAACAGCAGCCGAACGGGCGAGGCGCAAUUUGAACGCAAAGCUCGCCAAUCCUCUGGCUGGACUUAGUCAUGCAACCCUGAGAAACAGAGGGGGUCGGUACGCUCGGAAGUAUCAAAUUGGAGAUGAUGAUGAUAUUCGCGCAUUUGAACUGGGUGCUGUCCUAGCUCAAGAUCCGGAGCAAUUUGAAAAGGUUGAAGGACUAACGAAGGAGGAGUUGGACGUCCUGCGAGGGGAAUUCACGAAUCGUUGGUCACAGCCAAAGGAGAUGUACCUGGUUAUCAUACUGUGUUCGAUAUCCGCCGCUGUUCAGGGAAUGGACGAAACGGUUGUCAACGGCGCUCAAAUAUUCUACAAACCACAGUUCGGCAUCGAUGACGACGAUUUUAGAUCAACAUGGCUUGCUGGGCUGAUAAAUGCUGCACCAUACCUAUGCUGCGCCUUGAUCGGGUGUUGGUUGACGGUGCCCUUUAACCACUGGUUUGGUCGACGAGGAACGAUUUUCAUCACCUGCUGCUUUUCCACGUUGGCUUGCUUCUGGCAAGGCUUCGUCAAUACGUGGUGGCAUAUGUUCAUCGCGCGCUUCGCACUAGGCUUCGGCAUUGGCCCUAAAUCCGCAACAGUCCCCAUAUAUGCGGCUGAGACCAGCCCACCUGCCAUUCGAGGUGCUUUGGUAAUGCAGUGGCAGAUGUGGACUGCAUUUGGUAUCAUGAUGGGGUAUGCUUCGGAUCUCAUAUUCUUCAAUGUCCCAGAUAUCCCCAACGUUACUGGUUUAGGCUGGCGAUUAAUGAUGGGAUCAGCCAUGUUUCCCGCUAUCAUAGUCUGCUGUAUGGUUUUUAUCUGCCCAGAGUCACCUCGCUGGUAUAUGAGCAAGGGAGCUCAUCACAAAGCGUAUCAAUCAAUGUGCCGACUUCGAUUCAACAAGGUCCAAGCUGCGCGUGACCUAUUCUAUAUGCACACGUUGCUCGAAGCGGAAUCGACGAUGAAACUCGGCCAGCCAAAGAUCUUGGAACUCAUCACUGUCCCACGGAACAGAAGGGCAUUGGUUGCAUCCGAAAUUGUGAUGUUCAUGCAGCAGUUCUGCGGUGUUAAUGUGAUCGCAUACUAUUCCUCCGAAGUUUUCCUACAGGCAGGGUACUCGGAACUGUCCGCCCUUGCCGCAUCUCUCGGCUUCGGGGUAAUUAACUGGCUCUUUGCCAUCCCUGCCAUUUACACGAUUGAUACGUUUGGUCGACGAAACCUUCUUCUCGUCACAUUCCCAUUGAUGGGGCUCUUCCUGCUCCUCACAGGCUUUGCGUUUUGGAUUCCAGAUCAUACUGCGCAAACAGGCUGUGUUGCACUGGGUAUAUACCUUUUUGGCAUUGUAUAUUCUCCUGGAGAAGGGCCAGUGCCGUUCACUUACUCCGCGGAGGCAUACCCACUAUAUGUACGAUCAUACGGCAUGGCACUAGCAACUGCAACGACAUGGUUCUUCAACUUUACCUUAGCAAUAACAUGGCCCAGCCUAUUACGGGCAUUCACCCCGCAAGGCGCAUUUGGAUGGUAUGCAGCCUGGAAUCUAAUUGGGUUCGUCCUCAUAUUGCUCUUCAUGCCCGAAACUAAGGGUAAGACCCUUGAAGAGCUGGAUCAGGUUUUCUCUGUCCCUACGACAGUACACGCACGUUGGGCAUUGAAACAGAUCGUGUAUAUUUUCCGGAAGUAUGUUCUGAGACAGAAAGGGUUGAAAGAAGCUCAAUUGUAUGAAAAGCCGGAGGGCAAACCAAUAUCACAAUCUAUGGAGGAACGAGUGGUGGGGUCGUCACAAUUUUUCGGACUCCGAUGA